CAGAUUUUGACUUUUCUUCCACCGCAUUCAGCAAAACUGUCUAUAACCCGCUGAACGCUGAAUUGAUAAAACUUCAAAAAGUGUGAGAUUUUCAUUACAUUCGUACGUGCUGUUCGUGUACUGCUUCUCGAAAAUAUUGCAUUACCACAGCGUACUUAUUACGCAUUGCUGAUCCGAAAAUGGCCCAGAGUAAGCUGAAUGAUUUGGCCGGAAAAUUCGGCAAAGGUGGUCCACCCGGUUUGGCUACCGGCCUGAAGCUGCUGGCAGCUGUCGGGGCCACUGUUUACGGUAUCAAUAACUCCAUGUUCACAGUUGAUGGUGGACAUCGUGCAAUCAUUUUCAACCGCAUCGGCGGUGUUGGCGACGAUAUCUUCAGCGAAGGCCUACACUUCCGAAUUCCGUGGUUCCAGUAUCCGAUCGUGUACGACAUUCGUUCGCGCCCCAGGAAAAUCUCGUCCCCGACCGGUUCGAAGGAUUUGCAGAUGGUGAACAUCUCACUCCGUGUGCUGUCUCGGCCGGACGCCCUCCGUCUGCCCACGAUGUACCGCCAGCUUGGCUUGGACUACGAUGAGAAGGUUCUGCCGUCAAUUUGCAAUGAAGUGCUCAAGAGUGUGGUGGCCAAGUUCAACGCCUCACAGCUAAUCACCCAGCGACAGCAGGUGUCGCUGCUGAUCCGUCGUGAGUUGGUGGAACGCGCAAAGGAUUUCAACAUCAUCCUGGAUGAUGUUUCCCUGACGGAAUUGAGCUUCGGAAAGGAAUACACGGCCGCCGUCGAAAGCAAACAGGUAGCCCAGCAGGAGGCACAGCGGGCAGCUUUCCUCGUCGAGCGUGCCAAACAGGAACGUCAGCAGAAGAUUGUACAGGCUGAGGGAGAAGCCGAGGCUGCGAAAAUGUUGGGUCUGGCCGUUAGUCAAAAUCCUGGCUAUCUUAAACUUAGGAAGAUUCGUGCCGCGCAAAAUGUUGCUCGAACGAUUGCCAACUCGCAGAACCGUGUCUACCUCUCCGCCAACAGUCUGAUGCUGAACAUUUCGGAUGCCGAGUUCGAUGACAUGUCCAAGAAAGUUUCAAAUAAGUAAGUAACCAUCCCGUAGCGUGUAGGGUCGAAUCUGUACUGCCUUUCCGAAGAGACUCCCACUCGUCGUCGUCGCCAUUCGUCACCGCGGAAUCGAAACAGUUGAUGCAUUUGGUUUAGUUUCGAUCCAGCAGGUCGUUUGCAUUUUAUGGAAGAAAAACACUGGUUGGUAGAGCAGAUUUGCAUUAGAGUAAACCAUUUUUGGCGAAUCACAGAAGCAUUUUGUUAGUAGUUAAGUCUAUAUUCCAAAAUAGAUGCCCCGGCAGUUAUUGUGUAAAGGGAUUUUUUAUUCGUA